GGAAAAGGGAAGAGUGUUGGUGACAGGUGGAUGAGAAUAUAUCUUAUGCUUAAUCUGGAUUAGAGGAGUUAUGGAUGUAAACAAAGCGGUGCUAUGUGAGAGCCUGAUCAUCUGGCUGCAGACCUUUAAAACGGCAGCACCAUGUAAGACAGUGGAGGAUCUGACUACUGGUGCAGCUAUGGCUCAGGCUCUGCAUCAGAUAGAUCCAUCAUGGUUUAAUGAGACCUGGCUGGCACGUAUUAAGGAAGAUAUUGGAGACAAUGUCAGACUUAAGAUGAACAACCUCAAAAAGGUUCUGCAGAUGAUUGUGGAUUACUAUAAUGAGAUUCUGAGUCAGCAUAUUUCAGGCUUCCCCUUGCCUGACCUGGUGAGUCUGGCUGAACAAGCUGAUCCAGUAGAGCUUGGGCGCCUCCUGCAACUCAUCUUGGGCUGUGCAGUGAAAUGUGAGAGGAAACAAGAGUAUAUUCAGAUCAUCAUGACCCUGGAGGAAUCUGUGCAGCAUGUGGUGAUGACAGCCAUCCAGGAGCUAAUGAGCAGAGAGUCCUUGGCUCAUUUUGGGACAGAGCCACAGGGGGAUGUAGAACAGCAGCUUAAAAAAGCUCUGGAGGACAUAACUGAGCUGAUGGCAGAGAAAAAUGAGCUGACUCAGCGCUGCCAGGAGCUGGAUAUCCAGGUGGCACUGCUGCAGGAGGAGCGGAACAGCCUUCUAGCAGAGAACGAUGUUCUAACCGAUAGAGCUAAUCAGCUGGAAUUGUUUGAUGAUCCUAGAACACCAUCAGGGAAAAAACACAGUCAACUCCAACAGCAGCUUGAGCAGUUCCAGGAGGAGAACUUCAGACUUGAGGCGGCUAAAGAUGACUACCGGAUUCACUGUAAGGAGCUGGAAAUGCAGCUAGUGGAGCUUCAACAUCGGAAUGAUGAACUUACCAGUCUGGCCGAAGAGUCCCGCGCACUGAAGGAUGAGCUUGACGUUCUGAGGAACUAUUCUGACCGGGCAGUUAAGCUUGAGGCCUCUGUGGAGACCUACAAAAAGAAGCUGGACGAUCUGAGUGAUUUAAGACGGCAGAUGAAGGUUCUGGAGGACAAAAACAUUUCUUACAUGCAAAACACUGUCAGUCUUGAGGAGGAGCUCCGCAAGGCCAAUGCUGCCCGUGCUCAACUUGAGACUUAUAAAAGACAGGUCCAGGAGCUGCACAUGAAGUUGUCUGAGGAGACUCGUAGGGCUGAUAUUCUAGCCUUUGAGAUGAAGAAGUUUGAAGAAAAACAUGAAGCACUCCUGAAGGAGAAAGAGAGAAUCAUCAUUGAACGAGACUCUCUGAGAGAGACCAAUGAGGAACUGCGCUGUACACAAGUUCAACAAGACCAGCUUCUCCAAGCAGAAAUGUAUAAGACUGGGAGUCCAAAUCGUGACAACUUAGAAGCUGAGCUGUUGCCCAUCGAAUACAGGGAGAAGUUCAUCCGUUUGCAGCAUGAGAAUAAAAUGCUCCGCGUACAGCAGGAGGACUCGGAGAAUGAGCGCAUCAUCGAGCUUCAGAUGCAGCUGGAGGAAGAACGGCGUUCACGCAGUAAACUUGACACGGAGAACAGGUUGAACAGAGAGAGAGUCAGUGAGCUGCAGCAACAGGUUGAAGAUUUACAGAAAGCCCUUCAGAGUCAGGGAGCCAAACCUGAAGAUUCUCAUCUGAAAAGGAAGCUGGACGCUCAUUUGGUGCAGUUGAAUGAAGCCCAAGAUGAAAUCAUGAAGAAGAAAGAAGUACUGGACAAUCUACAGCCAGAUGUAUCUCAAGCCUCACUGAAGGUGAAUGAACUGAUGGCUGCUCUGAAGAAAAAAGAUGAAGACAUGAAAGCCAUGGAGGAGAGAUACAAAAUGUAUCUGGAGAAAGCUCGUAAUGUGAUUAAAGCACUCGACCCAAAAUUGAACCCUGCAUCAGUUGAGAUUCAGUCUUUUAAGAACCAGCUUGCAGAAAAGGACAAGAGAAUAACAGAUUUGGAGAAAAAGUGUGAGCAGGCUGAGCUGAAGGAUUAUGAGGAGAAGCUUAUUGUGACUGCCUGGUACAACAAGAGCUUAACUUGCCAGAAACUGGCGAUGGAGUCUCGACUGAUUGGGUGCUCAAACUUUCUGGUUCCGCCUGGUCAGUCAUUCCUGGCCCAGCAACGGCAGGCCACCAACGUUCGGCGCACCCCAUUGAUCAAUGUGCCAGCAGCGCCCUCCAAGUAACAACUUCCUAAUUUCCCCCACCCUUCUUUUCCCUCUGCUGCACCCUGAAGUGACCUUAAGCACAAACCUACAGGAUUUCCAUGAUGAGCUGGUAACACUUAGGUCUCAAAUUAUAUAUAAUUUAUAAUAUAUAUAAAUGCACUACAGAUCAACAAGAGUUAGAUACAUGGGCACAAACACUAUACCCACAUUCUCUUUAGUGUGCAAUAUGUGACAAUCUUAAACAAUACACUCCGACCUGAUUCUCUAAACAUGAAUAAUAAACAACCUGCAGCGUUUUUCCCCUUUGCCACCAGCGAAUGCAGUUACAUGCACACUAAUAAUCCUAAUAAAAAUGAGUAAUAAAGCUUUA